AUGGCUACCGUUAAUCAAGAGGCUGCCGAAAUCAUGGACAGAAAUUAUAUGACACCAGAUUGGUGUUGGGAAUUACUAUAUGAUCCAUUUGCUAAAACCGGGGAUGCUUUUUUAACUGUCUCCCCUGGGUCGGUCCUCGGAUUCGUUUCAAACGCAGAAGCAAUUCAUCAGAUCACAAGUCAUCGAGAAGCUUUUCCCAAGCCUCUCGCCUCAUACCGCAUCCUCGAGAUUUUUGGUCGGAAUAUUAUAACAACAGAGGGAAUUGAAUGGAAAGAGCAUAGGAAGAUUUCUUCGCCAAGUUUCACAGAGAAAAACAAUGCGUUGGUGUUUGCCGAAUCUUGCAUUCAAGCACAGGGAAUGUUAAGAAAAUGGUUGGGUCCUGACGGAAAAGGCAAUGUGACUUUGAAAGAAGUGCCCACCGAUACGAUGCGAAUAACAUUGCACAUAAUAAGCAGAAUUGGAUUUGGAGUUCGUUUAUUAUGGCCAGGGGAGAAGCCGAGGAAUAAGGAACAGGAAUCUGCCUACAGCAGUAACGAUGCGCCCGAAGGUCACACUAUGAGCUUUGAAAGAUCUCUGAGUACACUUUUAGAGACUUUAGUCUGGGUGCUCUUCCUUCCAAAAUGGCUUCUGAAAUUGAUGCCUUUCCAUUCUGCACGCGAAGCCUUGGAAUCUUUCGAGAAUUGGGGUCAGUAUAUGAAUGAGUUGUUUGCCCAAAAAGCUCAAGAUGCCAUGGAUGGCAAGGAAAGUGAAGGUAUGGAUAUCAUGGGCUCUUUGGUAAAGAGUUCAUAUGGACCCUCCAGUGCGCAAGGGUCUAUCAAAACGUCACCAAGUCGAGUUGAGAAAGGUCAAGCUAAAAAAGUCGCUCUUUCGGACUCGGAGAUUCUCGGCAAUGCCUUUGUCAUGAUUGUAGCCGGCCAUGAGACGACCGCAAACUCGAUCCACUUCUCCCUUGUUGAACUGGCCAAUAGCCCUCGAUCGCAACGACAAGUACAGGCAGAAGUUCAGAAGAUCUUUGCCGAUGAACCCCCUGAAAGUUGGGAUUAUGAUGCAAAUAUAAAUACCCUCCUGGGCGGUACGCUGGGAGCCACGCUCAAUGAACAACUUCGACUCAUGCCUCCUGUGGUCAAUAUACCUAAAUCAGUUGGUCAAGGCCACGAUCAAACGAUCGUUAUCGAUGGAAAGAAGAUAAUCCUUCCCGUCGGAGCUCAUAUCAAUCUCAAUACUGUGGGUCUCCACAGAAACCCUAGAUAUUGGCCGACCGAGCCAUCAAAAAUCACCACACAAGAUAAUGAUCUCGACGACUUCAAGCCUGAGAGAUGGCUCAUCAAGCGAGUAGCGAAAGAUGACAGUGCGACGGAAUCCUCGGAAGAUGAUGAUUUCGGUGGCUUUACGGGAAAGACCACAUCCGAAGGAUUAUUCCGCCCAGUGAGAGGUUCAUACAUCCCUUUCUCUGAUGGGGCUCGGUCUUGCUUAGGACGAAGACUGGCCCAAGUGAAAAUCAUGGGUGUACUUGCAGUGAUUUUUCAAAGAUGCUCAGUAGAGCUUGCUGUUGAUGAAUGGGCUACAGAUGAUGAAGUUUCCAAGAUGUCUGUUGAAGAGAAAAGAGCAUUGUAUAGCAAGGCGCAAAGGAAAUCAAGAGAGACGAUUAGAGGGGCUACAACACUCAUCACUUUGAAACUUCACCCUGGCUUCAUUCCAGUGCGACUGGUAAAGAAAGGAGAGGAACGAUUUGUAAAUAUUGUAGAUUAG